CGCCAAUAAUCAGACACGCUGCUGUGUUUAUCGUCUUGGAUUUGUUCUCAAAGAACGUCGCGGAUGAUGUCAUGCUGGGAGCCGGAUGAGCCGAAGACGCGAAUGAAGCAGUCGAUGAGUGAGCGUAGUUGGGCAGUGGACGAGACAGAUGUCGAGCCAACUGAUUGAAUCGAGAGAACAUGGGAUAUGUCUUGAUUGAACUGUAGAAUUGAAGCGUGAGGGGAGAGGGUGAAAGUGAGGAGAGAAAGAAGUCAAUCUUUUCGAGUGGGGUGGAUUCCUCAGGAACCGACUCAACUUUCAGCGAUUGCGGGGUUGCCUAGUUAACAUCACCUUAUACUUUCAGACUGUAUGAUAUCAGUUUGUCUUGAUACAAGAUACGCACUUUAAGGAUUCACAAUGACGGAGUCACGCUUAUAUACAUUCUCGCCCGAGACCAGAGAGGAGCUGAGGAAGUUCCGUCUCGGGACAUCUCGAGCAAAAGAUCCUCAAGCUAGAAUCUACAUCAUCGACGCCAAAACAAAAGAAAUCCGCGCAGAAAGCAAUGAAACGUAUUCAAAACUAGAAGACAUCGCUGAUGAGCUCCCCGAUUCGUCUCCCCGAUUCGUUUUGUUGAGCUAUCCUCAUACAUUGGCCUCUGGACGUUUAUCCGUACCAUAUGUUCUUCUAUACUAUCUCCCCGAGAACUGUAACCCUUCAUCUCGAAUGAUGUAUGCUGGUGCUGUGGAACUCUUCCGUAACACGGCUGAGGUGCAGCGUGUCGUGGAAGUGGAGAGUGAAGGGGAUAUACUUGAUAUUGAGAAGAAGUUGAACAAUUCUAAUUAGGUCUCUUUCUCUCUUCUUUGGUCUCGUGUUUAGCUUUUGGCUUAUGUUUAAUUUGGUGGUAUAUCGCUGGAUAAAGGUUAGGGUUGUGAUUCAGUGCAGAUAAUCGUUAUUUCACAUGCUUUUCCGGAGCUAUUAUAGGCUCAAUUCCGUUUCCAAAUGCUUAC